AUGGGCCACUGGAGUUACGGCAUAGCAUACCUCCUACUCCCCGAAGAAGUCAAGAAAGUCGAAGAGUUGAGGAUGAAGAUGAAGGCGCUGAAGGCAAAAGCUACGGCGGCGAAUACAGCAGAGGAAGCGACUGGUGAAAGUACGGGCGCGGCGGAGAUUGUGACUCCGCCUGAGAACCAAGCAGAGGAGACUGGUCAGGCUGAGAGUAGUGGUGAUAGUCCGGAGGAGGCAAGCAAGACCGAAGAGGGAAAAGUCGUCAAGGAUGUUGCGACUGAAGCAGAGAAGGAGAAGGCAGACGAUGAUGGGGAUAAGGAUGCAAGCACACCCGCUCACUAG